AUGCCCACGCAGCCCAAAGAAGAGAAACGCGUGGAAGAAUGGGAAGCAAUCGAGCACCUUCCUCGCUACGAGACAAGAGCCGCACGUAGAGGCCGUCGUCGCGUGUAUUGUCAGUGCAGGCGUCGGCGAACGGCUCUCUCUUCGGAGUUGGCGUGGGAGGAUUUCGAGUUGAUUCAUGAAGCUGAUCGUGAUAGUUGCUUGAGUGUCGCUGUAUUCGAAGGAGAUGACGAGGCUGUCGCAAUCAGCGGCAAGGCCGCACUGUCGCUCCUGUCUUGGAUCGAACCGACAUUCGCGGCUGAUGCAGGCCUCAUCGCUCUACAAUCCGGUCUCACGGAGAUCAGCUUGUUUAUGGAAAAACAAAGAGAAGAAAAGUCAGGGGACAAUGCCGAGCCUUCGCCAUCAGGAACAGACGCCCUCCGGCCAGCUUCACCUUUCUUCUUUGGCGACUCCCUGCCUUCGACCGCGUCUACGCGGAUUACCACGCGACAGCCCUUCACUGGGUUGACUCUCAACAGAUCUAUGUUGACGGUGUUCAACACUCAGUUGGUCACCGUUUUCAAAAUCACGGAGGACCACGGAAGCCUUCUUGCGUGUGCUGUGUCGUGUAUCGAAACAACCGGCGUUACUGGAGCAGCCGCGUACGUCGCCGGAUCAUCCACGACACUUUUCCUCGCGACUCCACGGGGUGUCCAGCAGAUGUCCCUUGAAGGCCAGGAUCGUGGACUCCUCUCUGAACGAGAGACAUUGGAUCCUCCUAUGGCCGCUCCCCAGCUUCUCUGGUUGAAAGGCGACACCCUUGGAGUGCUGAGUGAAGACACCUGCCUUUCUGUUUGGAGGCUGGGAAAGGGGGCUCCUGCGCUGCUGAGCACUGGGAAGGUGGAAGCAUCCUUCGCUGAAGAUGAGGCGAUACUUGUCAAGUCCAUGGUUGGAGCCAAAGACGGCAGCAGGAUCAGUUUCGUCUUGAAACGGAGGAAACAGAGGAUCUGCCUACCAGACGGCGGAGACACCUCCAAUCCAGAUGGAUGUUGCAACCGGCCAGUGCCCGUCGCUGAGCGAAGCUCAGCAGAGCGUAUGACUGAGGAAGACGCCGAGGAAGAACUUGGAAUAUUCGACGUAGCAACGUCUAGCCUUCGGAUAUACGGCUCCGAAAUACUGGGAAGCACGAAGAUAACUUUCCACGGGUGGGACGAACGGGAUACCCGUCUUCUGGCGUGCUGCGUGUGGCGACCUGAGAACCCAGCCGACACAGGCUCUCGGAACGAGGAAGGAGGUUCUCCCAGUUCGAAGCAAAUGGACAGCUCUCGGCCUUACCUCGUGACCUUCUUCAUUGACCCUGAUGGCCGGUUGGCCGAGCAGGAGUGCAUGCCAUCAUGUGUCCCUCUCGUGGAAGCGAAGUCCACGUUAGCAACUCCUCCCCGGGCCGUCAUCGAUUCGUUGACAGCUUCAGGUUGGCCCGAUUCGCGACUCGUCGGUGGCGCCUCAGAAUAUCUGCCCAGCAAGCUCGUUCAGCCAACACCGGUCUGUUUGGGCACGCCUUUUUUCUCGUUUGUUUACUUCGAAACCUUUUCUGGUCCAAACGGUCUGUCGAAUGCUGUAUCGGACGAACGCGCCUCCGCGGGAGGCACACAUGGAAGAUGGGCAGUGCGCUCGUGGACGCAGCUCCCCGACUCUCAAGAGCAGCGGCGGCAGACCUGGCGGGUCGAUGAGAAGGCAGAUCUUGCUUCCUGCACAUCCAGUCUGAACAGGACCGGACAAGCAGCAAGCCCUCGCCUGGUGAAGAGGUUGAUGCGGGACUUUCGCAGCUUAGACCUGAAGGCCUUGACAGAGGAAGUCAUCUCCUCCGUCACGGACGUCUCGUACUACCUGGCUUUCAACAAUGUGGAGAAAGCGUACCAAGCCCUGAGCUUCACUACUAGCUCCAAGCCGCUAUACCCUGAGAUGGCGAAAAUCAGUAUCAAGACAAGACGGCUAGAGAUUGCGCUCAAAUGUAUUGGAAAACUAAAGAUGCCCAAACUCCAUGCAGCUCUGAGAUGGCACGGCGUCCGCCUCGAGAAACAUGCGUGGGAAACGGAGCCAGGGGUAAACGUGUAUCCGCUGGAAACGCCCCAAGAUGCGAAAGCCUCGAACCCGCGAGAGAAGCUCGGUGCGCAGGCACGAAGCAAGGAAGCUCUGUUGAAGCAGGCGCUGAAGUGGUACUCCCGUGGAAAGCUGCGCAGCCACCAGGUUCGCGUUUUGUGCUCAACAGAUCAGAUUGACGAGGCCAGAAAGGUGUGCAGCGAAACAGGAGACCAGGAUGCUUGUCUUCUGCUGGCGCAUGAGCUGGAAAAACGCGGACAAGUGCAGGAAGCUGUGAGGCUCUACACAAAAGCCGGUAGGCUGCGGAAGGCACUCAGUAUGUGCGUGUUGAUGAAGCAAGCAUCGGGAAAGUUGCAGGCCGUAUCGUUCGAACUGAUCUGGACGACAGACCCUCUUGUCCGAAUGCCUCACAGUUUGGGCCAGCAGGAGGAGUUGGACAGCGACUUGAUGGCGGCAGCCUUGAAUGCCAGUCACGAGGACUUGGUAGCCGCUGCAGCAAGCUUCUAUGAGCGGCGCGAGUACGAGAAGGCGGUGGCGCUCUUCCGCAAGGCGGGUCAACUCGACACAGCCCUUCAAGUGUGUCUGGCUGCGAACUUGCGAGACUCCUUGCGGCUCCUAGCAGACGAAGCAACACCAAGCAAUGAUCCGUCUGUGGUCGAGAAGUGUGCAGCCGCAUUCGUAGACGCAGGAAUGAUCGACAGAGCCAUUCAAUUGCUGGCAAAAACGAAACGCUUCGAUGCGGCCUUGCAGCUGUGUGAAAAUCGCCACCUGGUCCUCUCCGACAGCCUUGUCAAGGCUCUUACACCCAGCAAGGACGACGCAAUACACUGCAUUCCUUCGACAGCCACCGAUUCGCGCGGCGACACUACUGGAGCCGGAGGAUCUGACACAGAUGACGAGCGAGAUCGCGAAACACGAACUGCUUUCGAGGCCAGACGGGGAGUGCUGAUCAGACUGGGGAAGCUUUGCCUGAGACAAAAAUUGUUCCAUCAGGCCUGCAGAUCCUUUACUGCUGCCGGCGAGAUUGUGACGGCGAUCGACUGCCUUCUCAAAACUGGCGACACCGAAAAGAUCAUAUAUUUCGCACCGAAAGCCUUCCCCAAACUUGCUGCGUUCUACAUCAACCUGGCUCAGAUGGAGAUAGAGGAACACAGCGAGUACGAGCGCGCGCUCUCCUCAUUGCAAGAGAGUCGAGACUAUCUCAUCCACUGUCCAGAUGCGGCAAAGAAGAUAGAUUUGCUCGAGGCUCGCAUUGACAUCAUAACCAGAUACAUUGACGCAACGCGACUUCGAGCCGAAGAUCCGGACGCCAUGGCUCGGGAGUUGGUCUUGCUCUUGAAGACUCCGGCUGCAGAGAAAGUUCUCAAAAUUGGAGAUGUUUUUUCAGAGUUGGGCAGGUACUAUAACUCGAUUGGGAACUUCGCCGCAGUCCGUUUUUUGAUAAAGAAGAUGCAGGAACGCAAUCUCCCGGUAUCUCUGUAUUUGAGUCAAGAAAUCAUCGGAGAUGUGUGCGCCGCCACUGGCAGUGUUAUCGACGAGGGAGAGUUUCACGACCACGGAACCUCCCCUCCUCGUCAGAUUGAUAGGACCUCCCAGUGGAGGGAAGGUACCCGGAGAGGUCAAGACGUGUCUCCUGAGUCAGCUGAAGUUUCCCAAGGAUUCGAUGAGCGUUCUUCCGCAGUUGCGCUCAUGAGUGAUUUCGAAGAGCCUGGAAACACCCAAGAUGACGGACUUCCGGACGACCCUGUCGACAGCGAUUGGGAAGACGGCCGCACGGUCGAGGCUCCCUAG